GACUGAAACGACACGAUUGAGACGACUCAAACAUCUCGGAGUACCUGCUCGGCCUAGGACUACUUUGGGAGAACAAGUCUCAACCUGGUUGGUUUUGCAUCAUUAAUUCUCUAAUUAUUAAUCUCUUUGUUAAUAGACGUUGUUUUAUUGGCUGUUCUAUAGCAACCAACAGCAACCAAGCUUUUUAAAUAUUUGAGUAAUGAGCCCAUGCCAUAUGGUAGUUCAAAGUUUGUACCUUAUAUUUUGCACACUCGCUUUGUCAUUAUUUCGCUAAUGGAAUUCAAACGACCAAAAAAAUAUAUUCCAUGUUUCACUGGCCAACCUUCGCCAUCAAGAAAUGAAAUUUUAAAAUCCGAUUUGGGUUUUGACGACGAUGAUUCAUCUUGUAGCUGGAAUUCAUCAGAUGAGAAUCCUGAAGUGGAUCAAGCAGGAAAGGAUGUCACAAUAAUUGAGCUGCAGGCUCUUCAGUUGGAAAUACAAAAAAAGGAUAAACAACGCGAAGAGCUUCUUCUGAAAUACAAGGAGUUAGCAGAUAAAACGGCUAAUUAUCGUUCUCGAUUGAACAAGUCUGAGCAAAACAAGAAAUCUCAAAUGAAGAUCAUGAAGAAGACAUACGAAUUGUUUGUCGAAGAAAAAGAUAAACUUAUAGGGGAGCUACAAGAAGUACUUUCCGAGCAUGAGAAAGCUCUUUCAGCGUCUCAAAAUGGUCGAAAUAAAAAAAAAGGAAAAGUUCCCACAAGUUUGCCGGGAAUCGAACGGCUAGUUAACAGUAUAUCGGAGUUGCAACAGGAGAAAGUUAAACUCUCAGAAUUAUUGUAUGCGAGCGAAUCUGAAGUGGAAAGUCUGAAAGAAGAAAUGAUGGACAGAAAUGCAAAAUAUAAUACAGAAAUUGCUGAUUUAGAAAUUGAAAUUAAAAAGUUAAAGUCUACAUCGAAUGAGCAGUGUGAACAAGAGGACUCAACCACCAUAAAAAGACGUUUAGCGAGCAUUGAAAAGGAGAAUCAAGUUUUGCGAGUCGAAAGGGAAGAGGCAAAGUCUGAAUUGUGGAAAACGCAGGAGGAACUGGGUGAAAAAAUUCGACAGUUGGAGAGCGAGAUUCGAUGUACAAAUAAGAAAAAGCGUGAUGCAGAAGCAAAAUACAUCAAUCUCGCUGCAACACCACCCAAAGUUCAAGUGAGAACUGUUCAAGUUAUCUCGGAGGAAAUGAAAAAAGAUCUAGAAGAACAAGUAGCUCAGAACAGAACGCUGCGUGACUUGUUGGAGAAAAUGAAGAUGGAAAGUGAUGCCAAGCUUCAAGGACUUGAAUCUGAUCAUAAAAGUAUGGUAGCACAAAUGGUGGAGGAUUAUGAAUCAAAGAUGGUGAGUGUGAAAUCAGAAAUGGAGCAAUCUAUGGUAAAACUGGAAAAAGAUUAUGAACUAAAGUUAAACGAUGUGAAAAAAGAGAUUGUGGAAGUGAAGGAGAAUUGCUCUCUGGAAGUCGAACGAAUUUCAAAUCAUCGAGACAACGAACUGGAAAAAAUGAGAUUGGACUAUGAGAGAACAAAUGGCGGGCUGAGAAAGCUUUAUGUUUCUUUACAGGAGAAUUGUGUGAAGUUAAGUGAAGAAUCUAAAGAAUUGAAACUCCACCAACAAUAUAUAAAGAAUGCUUGUCAUCAAUUUAAUGCAACUAUUGCGCCGAUAUGUACGGAGAUUUGUAAACAGAUUAUGUUGAAGGUAGCCGAUAUCAAUACAAAUAAUGUCGAACUUGAAAGACGAUACAUAAAAGAGAUGAAAUUACGGAAACGUCUGCACAACGAACUGGUGGAUUUGAAAGGCAAUAUUCGAGUGUAUUGUCGAGUUCGACCGUUUAUUGCCGAGGACCGUGUUGGCGCGUCAUCGCAAACAUCAACAAUCAGUUUUGAUCAAUCAGAUGAUGGCGUCCUUCUGGUGUCCAAUAAGGGCAGCGAAAAAAAAUUUGAAAUGGAGAAAGUUUUCCAACCUAGAUCCACUCAAGAAGAGGUAUACGCAGAAGUUCAAGAUCUUGUGGUUUCGUGCCUUGAUGGAUACAAUAUAUGUAUCUUUGCAUAUGGUCAAACUGGAAGUGGGAAAACGUUUACCAUGGAGGGUCCAUCGCACAAUCCUGGCAUUAAUCAACGAGCACUCGCUCAUUUAUUCCAUACAGUGUCUGAGCGCUCAAGAGAUUGGACGUACUGUAUAACGGUAAAUGUGCUUGAGAUUUACAAUGAAACAAUCCGUGAUCUUCUAUCCGAAAAUAGUCAAAAACUGGAGAUGAAGCUUGGAUCAGAUGGUGUUAACUAUGUUCGCGGUUUGGCAGAUUACGAAGUAAAGGAUAUUGAAGAUGUUAAUAAGUUGUUUGCUAUGGGAAGGAAAAAUAGAUCAACUGCAUUAACGAACAUGAAUGAGCAUUCCAGUCGUUCCCAUGCCAUAUUACGAAUAACGGUCAGUGGCAACCAUCGUGCUUCAGGAACCACUAUCACAGGCAAACUCAAUCUGGUCGAUCUUGCCGGAAGUGAACGUGUAAACAAAAGUGGGUCGGAAGGGUUGAGAAUGAAAGAAGCUCAAAAUAUCAACAAGUCUCUUUCAUGUCUUGGUGAUGUUAUUCAUGCUUUGAAGAAUAAACAGCAGCACGUACCUUAUAGAAAUUCCAGGCUUACAUUUUUGUUACAAGAUUCUCUUGGUGGUGAUUCUAAGACAUUAAUGGUCGUUCAAGUGUCCCCAGCUGCAAAAAACGUCGCCGAAACUUUGUGCAGCUUAAAUUUUGCACAAAGAGUUCGCAUGGUUGAAUUGGGUUUGGCAACAAAAAAAGUAGAGAAUGUUGAACAAAAAUCUUCAACUCCCAAUAAAGGAAAACGGAAUUUAGCUCCAUCAACACCGCGAAAGUAAAUGAGUGCCGUAUGAUUUAAUGCCAUGGUCCGUCAGUAAGGUGUUUUUGAAGCUAUCUUUAUAGUUUUUUGAGAGAAAGACUCGCCGUCAGUUUCGGCUUUUUUAUCGUCUUGCAUUCUAAACAAAUGUGUUUUUUAAAUUGUACAAAAAGACUCUUGUCUUUAAAAUAUUAUUGGGGGGGUGAGGAGGGGGGUGGUUGUGGGUCCCUCCCUGGAGGUGCCUAAAAAUAAUAUUAUAGGGUGAGGGUAGUUGCGGGUGAUUUAUAUUGAUAAGCAGCAUGAUCAAUAAUCAAAUUUAUGUAUUAUAAGGUAAAUGUUUGGAUAAAACAGUUUGUAAUUCAAUAGUCCGUUUAACUAAACAUUCUUAAAAUGCACAAUUUCGUCCAAACAAACGCCAGCCAUGUAUGAAAUAUAUGAAUGUGUAAAAAAUCCUUUUUAAAAAACUUUGUAAAUAGUUUCAUCCCUUUUUUCUAAAGAAUGCGUGUCAUCCAAGAUGCAUUGCGCGUUGAUCAAAGAUUUUGUAUCAGUUGAUUUUUUGCUAUGUUUAAUCUAUUGAGAUUUACACGCGUACAUGUAAAUAGACUCUAAAAACUUUCUAUCCACGUUUCUAAAGAUAUAUUAAUAGGUGUUGGCUACUCGAGCACUAUUCAAACUUUUAAA